UGUCGGUCGUGGUCGAUGCUUGAUGAGCUAUCCAGAAAGAUGUGUACCGAUCUUAGACAUUUCAUUGUUUUCUCGUCUGUCUCAUGUGGCCGCGGAAAUGCCGGACAAACUAAUUACGGUAUGGCCAAUUCUAUCAUGAAAAGAAUUUGCGAGAAGAGAGUACAGGACGGAUUCCCUGGGAUGGCUAUUCAAUGGGGCGCGGUGGGUGAUGUCGGUCUCGUUGCUGACAUGGUAGAGGACAAUAAGGAAUUAGUUAUUGGCGGUACGUUACAGCAGAGAAUAUUGUCCUGCCUGCAGUCGCUGGAUGCUUUCUUGGUGCAAAGUCGACCUAUCGUAGGUAGUAUGGUCGUGGCAGAGAAGGGGACGGGUCUAAGCGGAACGAUGAACAUUUUGGAAACCGUUGCCAAUAUUAUGGGGUUGAAAGAUAUAAGAAUGGUUGGACGUCGCACCGCACUAUCGGAAAUCGGCAUGGAUUCGAUGAUGGCAGUCGAGAUCAAACAAACAUUAGAGAGAGAAUUCGAUGUUCAUCUUACUGCACAGGACAUUCGGAAUCUCACUAUCGAAAAGCUUUGCAAAAUGGCUGACACAGAUAAGUCUUUGGAAAAGGAAUCUAACCGAAACGAACCUAAUGUCGAUAUGGAAGGAAUAAAAUCGCUACUUUGGCUACCGGAAAAUUUAACUAUUGUUCCGGAUAUUUGUUUGGAACUGUCCACAAAGCAUGAGACGGACAGAGAAAGAGUAUUUCUUAUACCUGGAAUUGAAGGUUGUGGAAGCGUAUUUAAUUGGUUGGCUCCAAAAAUCAAAGCUCCCGCGACGUGUUUGCAGCAUGGUGCAAAUAACAUCUCUACGUGCGAAUCAGUGUUGCAGUCGGCUGUCACGUUAUUACCUCAUGUUCUAACAAGAAUGAAGAAUUCUAAAAAUUUCGUAUUAAUUGGAUAUUCAUAUGGAUCAGUAAUUUGUAUUAAGUUGGCAAGACUGUUGGAGGCCAAAAGUUUCACAGGACGAUUAAUUUUAAUCGAUGGCACACCUGAACAGAUGAAAACUAUGAAAGAACAAUACUUUCCUUUCACCACUAUUCAGGAGUUUCAGAAUAAUGUUCUUCUAGGUCUUAUGGAUUUAUUUUAUUCAAUUGACAGUACAAUGAUUCGUUUGGAAUUGUCCAAGCAUGACACGUGGGAGCAAAAGUUGGAUGCUUUUAUCGGAUGUAUUCCAGAUGAAUUUUCCCAUAUUCAUUUUGAAAGUUACAGAAUUUACGCCACAUCAAUUUACAAGCAUCUACUUGCUCUUGAUGAGUACGAUACGUCUUCAUUGCCGCUGCUAAAAUCACCUAUACUCUUGCUAAAACCCACAGUUUUGUCUAUGCAUUAUCGCCAGGAUGAUUAUGACUUAAGCAAGGUGACUAAAGGUAGCGCACAAAUUCAUUACGUGGAGGGUAAUCAUUUCACGAUGUUGAAAAACGAUGAAAUUGCGGCUGCUAUUAACGGAGAUAUCAUCAUAAAUAAAUGAUCUUAACAAAAUGUA